AUGUUUUUAAUUUUUCACUUUUCGUCAUUUCGUCCGCCCCUUUCUCCUCUCUCAGCCCGCCUCACGCAAGAUAUUUUAUUGCUGGUAAUAUUUUUUAUCUAUCUAUCUAUCUAUCUAUCUAUCUAUAUAUCUAUCUAUCAAAUUCUGUUAAUUAUCUAUCUAUCUAUCUAUCUAUCAUAUUCUGUUAAUUAUCUAUCUAUCUAUCUCAACAAGAUUUUUAUUGCUGGUAAUGUUUUUUAUCUAUCUAUCUAUCUAUCUAUCUAUCUAUCUAUCUUUCACAUUCUGUUAAUUACUUAUCUCAUUCUGUCAUCUAUCUAUCUAUCUAUCUAUCUAUCUAUCUCAGUUCAAAGGUUUUUAUCUUUUUUCUUUUCUCUCUUGUGUAGACAAAGUUCUCUUCCUGGUGACCAAACUCCCUUCUUUCCUCACUUAUUUUCCUCUUGUCCGCCGGGAAAUUAUGCUUUUCUUUUACGGCCGCUAGAAGAUGAAAAUUUACUUGAGCACGUGGAAAAAUACUUUUUGACAACGCACGUGUUUGCAUCUUCGUCUUCUUCUGAAUCGGCUUUAGUUCCAAACUCCACUUACGGACUUCUUUUCAAACUUUCUUUUCUGGGGCUUCUUCAAGAGGACUUCUCAAAACUUUCUCUGAAGAGGAAACUUGCCCUCAGCAAUUUUGUUACCCAUGAAUCCUUACUUAUGGGCAAACGCAGGGAGAGAGAAAAACGAACCUCUUCUCUAAGCGGUUUUAUUUCAUUCAUGGUUUAUUUUACCUCUUUUCUUUCUUUCUUUCCUUCUUCCUUUUUCCCUUCCUUUCCUUUUUUUUCUUCCUUCUUUCCUUCCUUUCUUCCUUAUUCCUUCCUUUCUUCCAUCCUACCUACCUUCCUUCCUUCAUUCAUUCAUUCCUUCAUUCCAUCCUUUCAUUCCUUCCUUCUUUCUUUCCUUCCUUCCUCCCUCCCUCCCUUCCUUCCUUCCUUCUUUCUUUCCUUCCUUCUUCCCUUCCUUCCUUCCUUACUCCUUCCUUUCUUUCUCCUUUUUCCUUCAUUCCUUCCAUUCUUUCUUCCUUAUUCCUUCCUUUCUCUCAUUCUUAUUCUUUCUUUCUUUCUUUCUUUCUUUCUUUCUUUCUUUCUUUCUUUCUUCAAUUCUUUCAUCCUACCUUCCUUUCUUUUUUCUUACUUCAUUCCUUCAUUUCUUCCUUCCUUAUUUCCUUCCUUUCUUCCUUACUCCUUCCUUCCUUUCUUUUUUCCUUUCUUUCUUUCUCCUUUUUUCUUAAUUUCUUUCUUUUCUUUCUUCCUUAUUCCUUCCUUUCUCUCUUUCUUAUUCCCCCCUUUCUUUCUUUCUUACUUUCUUCAUUCCUUCAUUUCUUCCUUCCUUCCUUAUUUCCUUACUUUCUUCUUUCCUCCUUUACUCCUUCCUUCCUUCGUUUUUUCCUUCCUUAGUUCCUUACUUUCUUCCUUCCUUCCUUACUCCUUCCUUCCUUUCUUUCUUCCUUUCUUUCUCCUUUUUUCCUUCAUUCCUUCCUUUCUUUCUUCCUUAUUCCGUCAUUUCUUCCCUCCUUCUUUCCUUUCUUUCUUCCUUACUCUUUCCUUCCUUCCUACCUUUCUUCCUCUAUUUUCAUUUAAACCUUUAUUCUAUAUAUUUUACGUCUCUCUCUUCUUCGUUUUCUGCUUUCCAUUCUUAACAUCUUUUUUCAUUACAUCAUUUCGUCCUCCUUUCUUUCCUUACUGUCUUCCUUCCUUCCUUCCUUUUUUCCUUCCUUUCUAUCUCCUUUUUCAUUCUUUUCUUCUUUCUUUCUUCCUUAUUCCUUCCUUUCUUCCAUCCUAUCUUCCUUCCUUCCUUUCUUUCUUUCUUCAUUCAUUAAUUUCUUCUUUCCUUAUUUCUAUACUUUCCCCCUUCCUUCCUUUCUUUUUCCUUAAUUCCUUCUUUUCUUUCUUCCUUAUUCCUUCCUUUCUCUCUUUCUUAUUCCCUCCUUUAUUUCUUUCUUUCUUUCUUCAUUCCUUCAUUUCUUCCUUCCUUCUUUCCUUAUUUUCUUUCUUCCUUCCUUUCUUACUCCUUCUUUCCUUUCUUUCUUCCUUUCUUUCUCUUUUUUCCCUUCAUUCCUUCCUUUCUUUCUUCGUUAAUCCUUCCUUUCUCUCUUCCUUAUUCCCUGCUUUCUUUCUUUCUUUCAUUUCUUCCUUCCUUCUUUCCUUACUUUCUUUCUUCCUUCCUUACUCCUUGUUUCCUUUCUUUCUUUCUCCUUUUUUCCUUCCUUCCUUUCUUAUUCCUUCCUUAUUCUCUCCUUUCUUCCUUUCUUUAUUCCUUCAUUUCUUCCUUCCUUCUUUUCUUUCUUUCUUCUUUACUCCUUCCUACCUUUCUCCCUCUAUUUUAUUUAAAGCUUUAUUCUUUAUAUUUUAUAUGUCUCUCUCUUCGUUUUCUGCUUUCCAUUGUUUAACAUCUAUCUUUUUUUUACCUCUCCAUUAUUUUCCCUCGUGUUUUUAUUCUCUUUCUACCUCCCCCUCAUUCCCUCCUUCGCUCUUUCUUUCUGUCUUUAUUACUUUCUUUCUCUCUUUCUUUCUUUCUUUUUCGUUUUCAUUUGCAUUUAUUUUCUUCGUUUUCUCCCUCACUCUCUUUUCUCUCUUUCCAUAUCUUCUUUUUUUCUAUUAUUUUUCUACUUCUUUUAAUCCGAUUGUUCUUUUAGCUUAG